AUGGCUACGGCGCAAUCCACGACUGUUUGGGAUCAGGAAUUCGAUGCUGAGCAUCUGAAGCACAAUGUAACUAAGGCCUAUGAGUUUCGCUCUAUGACAUUGUCCAUUGCCGGAUCUGUCGCCGGCGUGCUAGGCUUGCAGAACUUGGCAGGCUUUGCCUUCUUUGCAGCCUCAGUGGUAUUUGUGAACUUGGUAUUCAUUUUUGUUUGUGCACAAGGUAAACCAGAGCUGUACUUCUCUCUCUAUCCGUCGCCUGUGCUCACCACAGCCUUGGAAAAACUCAUCCCCAGCAAGGCAGCCCAGCUCCGGAAACCUGCAGCGCCUCAUACUAAGAUCUUCCGGUUAGGUGUUUGGAUUAUUUGGCAAGGUCUUCAAGAAAAUCUGCUUAGUUUCAUUCUUUGGUGGACAUUUUGGCAUGGUAUCGUACAUGUCUACGAUUAA